UGUAGUUCGCUCAAAAUAAAUAAAAUUAGCACUCCAAGGUCUAAACUAUCGGCCUCUUUUCACUCUAGACUAGACUUCUCGCUGUGUCCUCGUUUUUACUUGUAUUUGGGGAGUUCAUUUUUAUCGGCCGCGGCGUGGAAGGGGGAAACUGUAUACUAAAACCCUCGCCCCAGACCAUUUUUUCCCCCAAAUCAAAACCAACUUAAUUCCGGAGAAAGGAAACUAGGUGAUAACUCAAUUCGGCAGCUAUGUCCGGCGGCGGAAUGUAUAAUCCAAACUUCUCGCCAGCCAGAGCUGUUUCGCCUCAGAUUAGAACUUCCGAUGUUGACAGUAAUCAGUACUUGUCGGAGCUAUUAGCGGAGCAUCAGAAGCUCGGACCCUUCAUGCAAGUCCUCCCUAUAUGUAGCCGCCUAUUGAAUCAAGAGAUAUUACGGGUGUCCGGGAUGGUGCCAAAUCAAGGUUUUGGUGAUCUUGAUAGGCUGCGACAUAGAAGUCCCAGUCCAAUGGCAUCAUCAAACCUUAUGCCAAAUAUCGCUGGUUCAGGUAUUUCUGGCUGGAAUGGACUUCCACAGGAGAGAUUAGGUGGAACUCCGGGAAUGACAAUGGACUGGCAAGGGGCACCCGCUAGUCCGAGCUCAUACACUGUCAAACGGAUUUUGCGUCUUGAAAUCCCUGUAGAUACCUAUCCAAAUUUCAAUUUUGUGGGCCGUCUCUUGGGCCCCAGGGGCAAUUCAUUGAAACGGGUGGAAGCAACUACUGGGUGUCGUGUAUAUAUAAGAGGGAAAGGGUCAAUAAAGGACCCCGACAAGGAAGAGAAGCUGCGGGGAAGGCCGGGUUAUGAGCACCUUAAUGAGCCCCUUCAUAUUCUGAUUGAGGCUGAUUUACCUGCCAGUGUGGUUGAUAUUAGACUGAGGCAGGCCCAGGAAAUUAUAGAGGAAUUACUUAAGCCUGUGGUACUUAUCCUGAACCUUACCUGACUCCACACCGAUUUCUUUUGAGUAUUGUUAUUGAUUUAUUUUUUAUGGCUAUGUGUUUUCCCUCCAUUAGAAGUGUGUGGAGAUAGAAAUUACUUAGGAAAUUCUGUGGAGUGAUUUGUAAACUGUGGUUUGGGUUUUGACAAGAGUGCACACAACCUUCUUGUUAUUGUUUGUAGUACAGUGAGAUAUUUACACAAAUCUUUGUAACCUACUAAUAUUUCUCUCUCUUUUUUUUUUUUGGUGCUUUGUUUCCCUUGUGUGUGUGUUUGUGUGUGUUUUGUUUUGCUUUUAAUAUCAGGAUGAGUCUCAGGACUACAUAAAGAGACAGCAGCUUCGUGAACUCGCAAUGCUGAACUCCAAUUUCAGAGAAGAGAGUCCAGGACCAAGUGGCAGUGUGUCACCUUUCAAUACGAGCGGGAUGAAACGUCCAAAAACAGGGCGUUGAAUAUGAUGCAUGAUCUGCUGCUGCGUGUGGGUAAAUCUGUUGCAGUAAUAAGCCUGGAUGUGGACAAAUGAUCGUGAAAAUCACACUGCAACAUGGUGUCUGCAAUAUCGGGGGAAGGAAUUGUAAAGAACAGUCUCUAUUUAACAAGGGAAAGUGUUUUUUGGAGGGAGGGGGGGGGGGGUUGUCGAUGUGGAGUUUGCAGAUAAAGGUUAAUUUCGUUUAGUUGUCUAGUUUAUUGCGUUGAUUUGUUUACUGAAGGACAUAAGAAAUCGGGGACUGGAGGAAAUAUUUACCAGGGGGAGAGAAAGGAUGUUUAAAAGGAGGAGAAAGCGAAGGGCAUUAUUUUUUUACUAUACAGAAACAUUAUAGUUGGGGGGUACGUGAGAAGUUAGGUUUUGGGGGAGAUUCUGUUGUAAGCUAUUUCACCGCAUUUCGUUUUGAGUGUGGGGAGUCAUUGGAUUUAUUCUUAUGUUAAUAUUUUUGUAGAGUGAAAUAUACAGUAUAUAUAUAUAUAUAAUGAUAAUUGUUGGGUGUUGGUUAAUGGUGGUUUCAUUGCAAUCAUUAGAGUCGCAUGUUAAUUGUUGUUGACAAUCAAAUCGAUUGGGUUCAGUUGAAUUGUACUUGGAACUUGCACAUGGGAUAGUUAGUAGUAAGUAAGUCGCUUAAAAAAGUGUUGGUUUGGUUUGUUGGUUUCUUUUCAGGCUCAAGGGUGGUGGGGUCUUUGUAGUUUAAGGGUUUGGGUUGGUGAGAAAGAAGAAUUGUGGGCCGGCUGAGGAAAAUACAAAUUGGGGGUGGGUGGGGGUAUUGGGGUAGAUACGAUGGUUAGAGGCGGAGGGGUCCCCAGAGACCCAAGAAUCAAAAAAGCUCAUCAUCAUCAUCUCGCAGGUGGGAAGAUGGGAAAAUAAAAGAGAGAAUUGUGGUAUGUAUGUUGGUCCCUUUAUUUUGCAGAGCUGGCGUCAAGAAGGAAUGUAAAGGGCCAAAAAUAAAAAUUGUUGCUUUAUGGAAUUUGCUUAGAAGAAUAUUAUUCCCAAUUCUUCAAAGUCUGUUCAUUAAUAACGAUCAAUUCUUCCAAGUACAUUCCAAUCCGGAAAAAAAACAUCCACUCAUGAACAAAACAUACAUGUGAUAGAAUGAGCUGUGAUAAUACUUUCAAGGAUUGAUAUCUUUUAAAUUGUAUCCUUCUAUUUUUAUACCUUACUAUCAUUGCUUGAGAGAAUACCCACUUAAACUUAAUUUAAAUUUUAAUAAUGUUGUUCCGUUUAUUAUUUUUUCUUUAUGUGUCAUCCCUUGCUAGUAAAUUGUGUUUCCACUUAUGUUUUACCACUCCUAUUGUCCUAAGGUGUCCUACUAUAAGAUGGCUGCAUAGUAUACCCUCUUUGUCUUUGUUGUUGUUUUUCAUUUUUCC